CCCUUAAACCCUAGGCGGACCUGAGCGAGAACACCAGCCCUAGUGCCCUACGCGCCAUUCUUACACAAGCACAAAGUUAUCAAACAAAAUAAAGGAGAAUAACAAUGGAAACAACAGAAAUGGAGGUUGAAGAACAACAAUCUCAUUCUACUCCAACCUCAUUGAAACGAUUCGCUCUCAGAAAUUCAAUCCAAACCAAUUUCGGCGACGAUUAUGUCUUCCAAAUCACUUCCAGGGAAGAUUGUUCAACUAUGGCAGUUUCAUUGUCUAAUAACUUGGUGAAGCUUUACUCGCCCUCAACAGGGCAGUAUUUUGGGCAAUGUCAAGGUCACACUUCCACGAUCAAUGAAAUUGCUUUCGCCGAUUCGUCGUCUCCGCAUAUGCUGUUUUCUUGCUCCUCUGAUGCCACAAUUCGAGCUUGGGACACCAGAACUCUUCAACAGGUUACUAUGAUUAGUGCUGGUCCUUCUCAGGAGGUAUUCAGUUUCUCCUAUGAUGGAGUGAACAAUCUUCUUGCUGGUGGAUGUAAAGCUCAGGUACUGCUCUGGGAUUGGAGGAAUAGAAAGCAAGUUGCUUGCCUGGAAGAAUCUCAUGUGGAAGAUGUCACUCAGGUCUGUUUUGUUCCUGGUACUCGAAACAAGCUUCUCUCAGCCUCUGUUGACGGUUUGAUGUGUCUAUUUGAUACUUCUGGAGACAUUAAUGAUGAUGAUCAUCUGAAUUCUGUGAUGAAUGUGGGUACAUCAAUUGGAAAAAUUGGUUUUUUUGGGCAAGAUUAUGAAAAGCUUUGGUGUCUAACUCAUAUUGAAACCUUAAGUGUGUGGGACUGGAAAGAGGAAAAGGUUGAAGCGGAGUUCGAGGAAGCUCGUGCAUUGGCCUCAGAGAACUGGGUUCAGAAUCAGGUUGAUUACUUUAUUGACUGCCAUUGCUCAGUGGAAGAUGAUCACUUAUGGUUGAUUGGAGGCACAAAUGCUGGCACCAUUGCCUACUUCCCUAUAAAUUACAAAAGACGAGUUAUGGGUUCCCCUGAAGCUAUCCUUGAGGGUGGCCAUGCAGGUGUUGUCAGGAGCAUCUUGCCUGCGUCGGGAUUGCCAGGACAUCCAAACAAUGGUAUGUUUGGGUGGACAGGUGGUGAAGAUGGUCAAUUAUGUUGCUGGUUAUCUGACGAGACAUCUGAUGUGAACCGUGCUUGGAUAUCAAGUACCCUGGUAAUGAAGUCUAGUAAGACUCGGAAGAACAGACAUCAACCUUAUUAAGGAGUGUUAUUGGUGUUCUAUUCAACUCAUUUCGUUGUGUACGUGUAAUCGGUGUUGCAAUUUUAUUUCUUUUUUUCACAGGGUUAGUGGAGCACCAUCAUUUCUCAUACGCGGUGGUCGGUUUGAAACAUCUUAUGUCUCUUUAAAUUCUUUCAUCAUGUUAGUUCAUAAUAUAUUUUUGAAAGGAAAUGUACACGAAAAGUUAUUUAAAGGGUAAAGAACUGUUGAAUACACUAUUUAUAAUGACGAGAAUAAACGAUCGCCCUCCAUUUAGUAAUGGCGUAAA